UCUUCGUCUCCCUCCAUCUUUCAUUUUCUGACACUUUUUCUCUUUGUAGUCAACGCAUCGUCUUGAGAUUUACAAAGAAGUGAAGGACUCAAAUUUCUUUUUAUUUUUAAGACUACAAAGCUGUCUAUGAAAAAAUAAUUUUUAGAAACUGCUGUGUUCUUCUUAAAUUUUAUACAGUACAGAUACCUCCACAUAAUUUAAUAACAUAUGAAAUAGUAUGCGCUACUCUGAAAGCUUUUCUUAUUUUUCAAAACGGACUUGGUCGAUUUUGGAUUCAUCUGUGCAACCAAAAUUGUAAAUACUAUCAAAAACAAAUAUUCAUCAAAUCAAGAAUAAAUCUGGUAAUUUAGUUGUAUACUUCUAUUAGGAUUAUAAGCAACAGGUCAGUGUGAAGAUCGAUAUAAUUAUUAACAUAAACAAGUUAAUUAAGUAAAAAGUGAACGCACUGAGCCUGAACAUAUAUUGAAUACAAUGCUCCUAAUCAAAUACAAGCGUAUAGAUUAUAAAUAGAUUCUUAAAUCUAACUUACAACAAUGGAAAAAACUGCACAAACAACGCAGAAUUGUAGUAACUAUAAGUAUAAUGUAUCAGAUAAUAAGUCAAAUACUGCUACUCAAGGAGUAACGAGUUCAAUGUCUCAUGAUUUCCAGAAACUUACAUCAAAAACAACGAAACAGCCACUAGAACUACCAUAUUCCUUGUGUUCGGAAAUACAAUCUGCGUAUGCAGAAAAUCAAAAUUUUGAAAAAAAAAUGCUUCCAAAUCCACAUUUAGAAGCUAAUUGGUUUGAUUUGCAAAUUCAAAGAGCUUCUGAUCAAAUGCAAACUAUUAAACAAAUAAAAUCAAUUGAAAAUCCCACAACAACCGAAAUUAUGAACGUUCAGGAUGUUACGUAUCAAUAUCACAAUUUUAUAAAAGACAAUAGUCAAACGUCAAUUUCUCAUCAAUGUUAUGAUAAAAAACCAGAUAAGUUUUUGUCAGAAAUAGAUUUACCCAGCAACUCGAUGGAAAUAUCUAAAGAGUUACAAAUUUACGCUGAUAACUCGUACGUUCCUUACAAUCAAAAUAGAGUGAGCGCAUUUCAGGAAAAAUAUGAAAAUAAUGGUACUAAUAUUAAUAUACAUUCUAAAAGUGAUAUAGAGAUUGCAAAAUGUAGUACCAAAAUAGGCAAAGCUGUAUCACACCCACAUUUGUUAUAUCGGGAUCAAACUAAUAAUACUAAUAAAAGUUUAACUGUAAUCAAUUAUCAAAAUAAAACUUUUGUCACUGAUGUAACAACUAAUAAUGACAAAUGUAAAAUGUUUAUGAAAGAAAUGCAAAUAGAAAGAAUUCAUAAAAAAAAUUUUACUAGUGAAAAUAUAGAUUUGUGCACGCCAGAAUCAAGCUUAGAAAUCUCAACAUCAGUGAAACAGAUGUCAUUAGAUGAAAGAUUAGAGCUUGAAAAAGCAAAGAAAACAUUGCCAGAAAACUGCGAGGAUAAUUGCGAGACUAUUUCAACUAAAAGUCAAAAGGAUUCAUAUAUAAAACAAACGAAUAAAAUAAUACAAAAUUGCGGACAAGAUGAACAAAAAUCUUUUUUUGUUACUGAUACAAGUGAAUUUGCCAAAAAGGCUCAACAAACAGAUAUUACGAAAGAAAGAACACUAUACAAUAAAUUUGCAAACUUCAAAAAUUAUGAUAAAAUAAAACUGAAUGCUGAUCAAUUCAAAGUGCACCAACAAGAUGCUGAUUCAGAUUAUGAGAAAACUGAACAAUGUUCUUCAGUUAUAGAUUCCGGUCGAGGUUCUGUUGCAUGCUCAAGUGAGAAAAAAUGUUCAGCAGAAGAAUUUGAUUGUCUAAAAGGUCAAGAUGCUGAGUGGAUUGACAUAGUCGAGUCAGAGUUAAGUAAUAUCUUGGGACCGAAUAAUAUACCAACAAUAAAUCACUCAAAUUUCUCUGAUAGUGUUUCAUCGGUAACCCCACCAUUACCCCCAGUGACACCACCAAAAAAUUCUAGGGUUGCACAAAAUAAAUUUGGUAAUAGCUUAGAUUAUUCUAAAAAGUUAUAUUAUGAUGACUACAUUAGAAAUUUAGAAACACAGCAUCAUCGAAAUGUUAUUAAUAAACGAGAUAUAACUGGUUAUAAAAAACAAAAAAUUAACAAUUAUAAUGACCGUAUGGAAGCUGGUUAUUUAACAUCCACCACAACGGGACUGGAUCUGGAUUCUAUGUUAGAUCGAAGUGAUUCUGAUUUUAGUAUCAAUGAUGCAAGAACUAUAAAGAAGCAACUUGAUGGACUGGAAUAUAUGUAUUCUGAGGUAUUAAAACUUCUUGGAAAUGGCUCAAAACAGAGGCGAAAAAGGCGAGGUCUGGCCAGUUACGGAUCAGUAUCUUCUUUACCUACAUCAUCUGUAUCGUCUAGACCCUUAACAAAGCAUUACGAUAAAAAAAAAUCUCACUUUAUUGAAGAUCGAACAAUGAAAACCAAAGACAUUAAAAAUAUCAACAAACGUUUUCAACGAUUAGAAUCUCACGUGGUUACUCUAGCUCGAUCGGUAGCUCAUCUUAGUUCAGAAAUGAGAACACAACAUCUAAUGAUACAGGAAAUGGAAAAUAUUCGAGGCGAAAUAUCAAAUCUUAGAACCCAAACAAACAUGGCAAUGAUACGAUCUCAAUCUCAGCCCGUAUUGAAGGACUCUGAUUUGCCUGCACUUUCUAACCCGUCUCGAGUAAAGAAACUCACAAAAUUCUUUGGCGUCGAGCCACCACUUUUAAGACUGUUUCUCCGAGAACUUGGCUAUGAAUAUUAUUGGAGUGCUGAAGUGUAUAAAAACCGAUACCGUCUCGUAUGUAGUAGGCCAAACCUCCUUCUUGAAUGCAAAAAUAUGCCAAUUCCUUUGAGAAAGAAAAAAUAGGUAUGGUAGAGCUUCCGUAUCUGAGCGAAGAACGUUUACAAGAAAUGGGUGUGCCCCUAGGACCAAGACUGAGAAUUCUUCAAGAAGCAAGGAUAUCUGUUUGCAAAAAUACAGUUUAUGUCAUUUAAUUUUUAAAUUUACUUUAUUCGAGAACUGCUGAAAUUGUGUUUUUAAUCCAUAUAAGUAUAAUAAAAUAUAUUUGUGUUUCCACUAUAUUAAGCGUGAUUAUAAAAAGCAUUAAUAUGCAAUAAUUGCGUAAUGUCCCACGUUUAUACUCUUAAAUUAUAUAUUUGUACAUCCUGCGAACCGGCAACCGUGUGAGCACGUAGAGAGUGCAUACGGAUCGCAGGUGCAUCCGAUUGCGACAUUGCACAACCGAGCGCCGAAAAUCGGAGCGAGUGCUCUGACCUCUGAGUCAGCACUCUUCGUGCGCGUGAAAGACGACUGCAAGGCGUACAUGUCGAUCCUUUGUGGCGAAUGCUGAUUGGAUACCGCGAUCUUUCUUAUCUCAAUUUCAUAACUGCGUGAAUCGGUACCGAGGCUUUAAAGACUCCGGAGCCGAUCCACGCAGCGCAUUUUUGCGUAGUGACUUACUCACUGACGGCUACAACUGAUUCUAAGAUGAAGCGGCGGUGUUUGCUAGUGUUAGUGUUUGGAGCGUACUAAAUCCGUCCAACACCUUGGGAGCGUGCUAAAUCCGUCCCUUGGCAUAGCAUACACCGGAGAGUCCUUCGAAUACAGAUCUGUGCCACAGAGGGAAGUACAAGCUAAGGUCCAUCGAGGGGAAUCUCCGGUGUUAGCAAGAGCAGUUGACCAACCCUAUUUUAAAUUGCCACGUGAACGCGUGUAGAUAAUAAAGUCAGCAUCUGCCACCAAGGGUGAUUAGAACCAUCUAGAGUGCGCAGGAUUAUAAUAAUAGUAAGUUGUUAAGAUAAAUCAUAUGUACUUUACAAAUAAAUAAAACUAAACUUACUAAAUACUACUGUAAAACGACAACAUCCUAAGCUACAUAUAGCUAAACUCCGUCAACUCUGUAAACUUAACGUCUGUGAAGUGCUCUGAGCCAAUGAAAAUAUAUCAAUUGAUAUAAAUAAAA